AUGUUACAGAGAGCUGCAAGCAAUGCAUAUUCAUGGUGGUGGGCAAGCCAUAUCAGGACCAAGCAGUCAAAAUGGCUGGAGCAAAACCUUCAAGAUAUGGAGGAAAAGGUGCACAACGUGGUGAAACUCAUCGAAGAGGAUGGGGACUCCUUCGCCAAGAGAGCAGAAAUGUACUACAAAAAAAGGCCAGAGCUCAUACACUUUGUGGAAGAAUCAUACCGAGCUUACCGAGCUUUAGCUGAACGGUAUGACCACAUAUCAACAGAGCUACAAAAUGCCAACACCACCAUUGCUUCUGUUUUCCCAGAACAGGUCCAAUUUGCAAUGGAGGAAGAAGACGAAGAAAGCGUGCCUAGAGUGCAAAAAAGGGCUCCGGAAGUCCCGAAAUCAAAUAUUCCUAUGGUUCCAAAUAUUCCAAAUAAAGAGUUAAAGAGAAUCAUAACAUCAGCUACAAAGAAAUUGCAACCUAAGAAGACAACCAAAGCUGCAGCUGCUGCGACUGCAGUUGCUAAAUCUGGGUUGAGCAAACCCAAGGCACUCGAAGAGAUUGACAAGCUUCAGAAACACAUUCUAGCCCUGCAAACUGAGAAAGAGUUCUUAAAGAGCUCUUAUGAGCAUGGGCUUGAAAAGUACUGGGAAAUUGAGAAUCAGAUUAAGGAAAUGCAAGGGAGAGUUUUCAGUUUGCAAGAUGAAUUCAGUGAGGGCAUGGUCAUUGAAGAUGGCGAGGCUCGGAGAUUGAUGGCAGCAGCCGCUUUGAAAUCAUGUGAAGAGACAUUGGCUCAGUUGCAGGUGAAACAGGAGAUAGCGGCUGAGGAAGCAAGAACUGAGUUCAAUCGGAUUAGGGCUGUCAGGGAGAAGUUUGAGAGUCUCAAGGCUGAGUUUCAUAGUGAUCAGAUUAAUCAGGAAAAGCCACAUGCUGCAAAUGGGUCUAUGAAUGUGGUACAAGAGUUAACAAGCUUAGACGAAGAAGCGGACAUUGUGACACGAGAGAGACAGGAAUUGGAGUUGUUACGUGAGAAGAUGAAGGAAAACUUUGAGGCUGGGGCCAAUGAAUCUCUCGGUGUGACAGAGAUGGUGGAGAAGAUAGACGAGCUUGUGAAUAAGGUGAUCAGCUUAGAAACUGCGGUUUCAUCGGAGACUGCUCUUGUGAAGAGAUUAAGAACAGAAACCGAUGAGCUUCAAGCACAAAUUCGAACCUUGGAAGAUGAUAAGGCAACUCUAAUUCAUGGGUCAAACAAUAUCAGCAACAAGCUGAAAGAAAUGGAGGAAAAGUUGUACACUGUUCAGGACCUAAACCGCAGUUUUAAAAGCCAGAAUAACAAUCUCCAAACACAUUUCAGUGAAGCACGCUGUAAUCUUGAUCACCUUUCUGAGAAAUUGCAAAGCGUGAAGGUAGAUGAGGAGCUUGAGCUUACAGGUCCAUCACAAAAAGAAGAGGAGUCUCUAGGUGAAGCCAACUUGCUGAAAGAGUUCAAAGCACAAGAAGAUGCACUGAAUCCUGAUGAUGUUUCCAAGAAACUGCAGGGUGUGAAGCUAGAUGAAAAGCUCGAUGCUACGGGUGCAUUACAGAAAGAAGAGGGAUCAGCAGCUGAAAUCAGAUCACAAAACGAGACAUUGAAUCCUGGCGAGGGUUCUGCAAAAGCUAACGAUGCUCUCAGUACUUCUGCUGAAAAUGGUGAAUCCCAGGCAAAUAAUGGCCCUAAUAGUUUAUCAGAGAAAGGUCAGGGCCUGAUAUUGCAGGACGAAGAUGAUAAGCCAAAUUCAUUGAAGACAGUUGAUAGUCUUCUCACUGUUGAACCAGAGGAAGAGGAAACAGUUCAAGAAGAUGAGCCAGACUGGAAGCAAAUGUUUUUGAAUGGAUUGGAGGAUAGAGAAAAAGUUCUACUGAUAGAGUACACCGCAACUCUUCGCAAUUACAAGGAUGUCAAGAAAAAGCUUCUUGAAGUAGAGAAGAAAAUUCAGGACGGCAAUUUUGACACGACGUUACAGCUAAAAGAACUGAAGAGUGCUAAUGCAAUGAAGGAAGAAGAGAUUAAAUCAUUGCAUCAGAAAAUAAACCUUCUGCUGAAAUGUUUCGACGGAAAUGAGGACGUAAAAGACUCCACAGGUUCAGACUUGCCACAGACGUCUAAUUCAUUGGAUGAUGUAAAUUUUGAACCUAAAGCAGGAAUCGAAACAUCAACUGCAACUGAAACCUUGAUGACUCUGGCAACAGAGAAACAUGACAUCAAGGCGAUUCUAAUUGACCAAAGUGAUACUAUGUCAGCAAUUGAAGAAAAGCUCCGAAUGCACAUUGAUGAACUGCUAGAGGAGAACUUGGAUUUCUGGUUAAAAUUCAGCACCUCAUUCCAUGAGAUACAGAAAUUCGAAACUGGAAUCAAGGAUUUACAGGAUGAGAUAUUGAAACUUGAGGGAAAAGGAAAGAAGCUAGAGGCAAGUAUUACUGCAAAAUAUGCUCUGAAAUCAGAUGUACGGCCAAUAUACAAGCACUUGAGAGAAAUACGGACUGAACUAACUGUCUGGCUUGAGAAAAGCGAAUUACUGAAAGAUGAACUACAGUGCAGAUUCUCCUCUUUGUGCAACAUCCAAGAAGAAAUAACAACAGCUUUAAAGGAGAGUGCUGAAGAAUAUGAAUUCAAGUUCACAAGCUAUCAAGCUGCAAAGUUUCAAGGUGAGGUCUUGAACAUGAAACAAGAGAAUAACAAGGUUGCAGAUGAAUUGCAAGCAGGUUUAGAUCAUGUGACAGCCCUCCAACUUGAACUUGAGAAGACUCUGGCAAAGUUGGAUGAGGAAUACGGGUUUUCUGGAUCGAAGAAGGAGGAAGAAAGUCCCCAGCUGGGACACGGACACAGUCGAAACCGCAUUCCUUUGCGGUCAUUCAUCUUUGGUGUCAAAUCAAAGAAACAAAAGCCAUCAAUCUUCUCCUGCAUGAACCCAGCAAUGCAUAGGAAGUAUCAUGGUAUGAAAGCAGCAGGACCCCAGUUGUAAAUUGUUCUAAUUCUUUUGCUCAGAUUCAUUUUUAUUUCUUUUUCCCUAUUUUUUAGAGUAUUUUGACAAGAGAUAAACGAUUUCUUUCUUCUCUUUUUGGUUUUGAACUGGUGAAAUUAUG